UUGGAUGUGACGUGUCGUCUUUCCCAGCUUCCUCUGGGCUUCCGGUCUCCCUACGGCCAUGGUUGUUUUUAUACUGGCGAACUUCUGAGACGUCAGUUCACGGGCAAAAUGGAAUAAUUUCCGCAUACGAAAAGGAAAUAUCUAUAAGCUAUUUUAAUUGUUUAAUUAUUUAUCUUUUCCAUAAACCUAAAACUAUCGAGUAAAGACAUUCAUGUAAAGGUCACUGUGCUUUUGACGCGAAGGUAGCUUGCAAAAUAAGAAUGCAGUUCUCCCCCACCAACGGAGAUUUUACCUUCGUUUCUUCGACCGACGCCGAAGAGCUCAGCGGUUCAAUUGACGCCCCUGAUGUCAAAGUGAAUAUGGGUGGCAGCGAGGCUACAAAGGAUACCUAUGCCAGCACUUUUCUCAGGCAGCGGGGCUAUGGCUGGCUGCUGGAAGUGGAGGAAGACGACCCCGAAGAUAACAAACCCCUCCUGGAGGAGCUGGACAUCGACCUAAAGGACAUCUACUACAAGAUCCGCUGUGUGCUGAUGCCCAUGCCGUCGCUAGGCUUCAACCGACAGGUGGUCCGGGACAACCCUGACUUCUGGGGACCACUGGCUGUAGUGCUUCUCUUCUCCAUGAUCUCCAUCUAUGGGCAGUUCAGGGUCGUGUCUUGGAUUAUUACUAUUUGGAUAUUUGGAUCUUUGACAAUCUUUCUUCUGGCACGUGUUCUGGGUGGUGAGGUGUCAUAUGGGCAGGUUUUGGGAGUAAUCGGGUAUUCUUUACUCCCACUCAUCGUCAUCGCUCCUUUAUUGCUGGUUAUUGGGAAUUUUGACAUUGUUUCUACAGUAAUAAAGCUUUUUGGCGUAUUUUGGGCUGCAUACAGCGCUGCAUCACUGCUUGUGGGCGAUGAGUUCAAAACAAAGAAACCUCUCCUCAUAUACCCAAUAUUCCUCUUGUACAUCUACUUCCUGUCUCUCUAUACCGGAGUCUGAUUGAACAGGCUUUGGACUUUUUCAAAUGGACAUUGGAAUGGUGGCUUGUAGAGUCAGGCAAGAGGAUGAAACUCCUACCUGCAAAAUAAGAAAAUGACAAACCUGGAUCUUUUUUUUUUUUUUACACCUGUUUUGAAAAAAGACAGUCAAUAAGUCUCUAAGUGUCUGUAAAGCCAGUGUGUUUAACUGUAGCCAUGACUCUUAUAUUCAAAGAAAAACACUGAUUUAUUUAAUUGGUUUCUUUUUAGGCCCUUUCUGCUGAUUGUAAUAUAUCUACAGUUUUUGGUUAACACCAGGAGCAAUAGUGCAAUAUUAUGUUAACAUUGUUUGUUUCUUUACCUGUAAGUCUUACAAAGGACAGUAGUUUUAAAAAUCUUUUGUUCUCAGAAGGUGUUGGUGCCAAUUGUAUUUUUUAAACAAAUUCUUGAUUUGGGAAGCACCACAGCUAAAAUUUUGUUUCGGUUUUUAUCAGAAAGGGACUGGAGUAGAAACAACUGUUUCAGAGAUAUGGAUGUCAGUUAAAUUUUUUAUGCAUCUCCAUGCUAUAUUUCACGUUAGUCCAUUAAAAACGAAACCAUGCCGGCUAAAGUACAGAGCCUUCCUCUCUUUUUUAUGUUUGUUGUAGAUUUACCGUACGUUUUUGCACCGAACAGAACAUGAGUAGAAGGACGUAGGUCAGAACUUUUUAAGAGGGUGGUGUUAUGUAUCAUGUUUUAUGAAAGUAGUGGCACUAUCAAUAAAAUACACCUUUAAAUACAUAAUUUUAAUUUAUAUAAACAUUCUUCAUAAUUUUGUAUAUCCAUUCAUCUAUUAAUCAGUGAUCCUAGUUAAGGUUAGUUAGGUCUCGGGCUAAUUCUGUAUAUACAACCUAAUGAUCAUUACAAUAAAUGUCCACGAAUGUCAAAAUCA